UUCGAUAUAUCAUUACGCAAUAACUGCGCGAGAUAUAUUUACUAUGCAAAUUAAAAAAUUCUUCUCUUUAGAUUUCUAACAAGGUGACAUUCAGAAAUAUACGCAGAGAUAGUAGUUGAUAUUAUUUAAUUGAUAAGAUAGUAAUAAUUGCCGCUGUCCAACGCGUAUUAUUAUAGGACAUAAAAUACUUUGAGUGAUAUACGCAAACACAUCGACAGUAGAAAUAUUGAAGAAAUAAGAACAAUAUUGAUUGAACAAUGAAUCGUUUUGCAAGUAAAAUUCGCCCUUUCCGACUAUUUUCAACAGUGAGUCUUCCCGUACCUGAUACAAAACCACCAGUUUUAUAUGCUGGUAUAUUUGUUGACAAUGAGUGGCAUAAAUCCAAAUCUGGAAAUACUUUUCCAACGAUAAAUCCUACUACUGGUGAAAUCAUUGCAGAAAUACAAGAAGGAGAUGCAGCAGAUAUUGAUUUUGCUGUACACGCUGCUAAUAAAGCAUUUCAAUUGGGUUCACCUUGGAGAACCAUGAAUGCAUCUCAAAGAGGUCUUCUUUUGAAUAGAUUGGCAGAUUUGAUAGAACGUGAUCAGACUUAUCUUGCUUCUUUAGAAACAUUGGAUAAUGGAAAACCUUAUUCAAAUGCGUAUGCUUUCGAUGUUCCUGCAACUAUUUCGACCUUAAGAUAUUACGCUGGAUGGGCAGAUAAAAAUCACGGUAAGGUCAUUCCUAUGGAUGGAAAUUUCUUUACAUAUACUAGACAUGAGCCUGUCGGUGUAUGUGGACAAAUUAUUCCUUGGAAUUUUCCUAUGGUAAUGAUGGCUUGGAAAAUAGCACCAGCUUUAGCUACUGGAAAUGUUAUUGUCUUGAAACCAGCCGAGCAAACUCCUUUAACGGCUUUAUAUAUUGCACAAUUGACACGAGAAGCUGGUUUUCCUAAUGGCGUUGUAAAUGUUGUACCAGGGUAUGGCAAAGCUGGAGCUGCAUUAGUUGCACACAAGAAUGUUGAUAAAGUAGCUUUUACUGGUUCAACGGAAAUAGGAAAAUUGAUACAAGAAGGUGCUGCUCGAAGUAACUUAAAGCGAACAACAUUAGAAUUAGGUGGAAAGUCACCAAAUAUUAUUUUUUCUGAUGCUGAUUUUAAACACGCAGUUGAAACAGCUCAUUUUGGAUUAUUUUUCAAUAUGGGUCAAUGUUGUUGCGCAGGUUCUAGAACAUUUGUAGAAGAAAAGAUUUAUGAUGAAUUUGUAGAGAAAAGCGCUAAACGUGCUCAAGCUAGAACAGUUGGCAAUCCAUUCGAUGAAAACACUGAACAAGGUCCACAAAUAGAUGAAUCUCAAAUGAAUAAGAUCAUUUCUAUGAUAGAUACAGGAAAGGAGCAAGGUGCUAAAUUAGUUACUGGUGGAAAUCGUGUAGGAGAAAAAGGCUAUUUUGUUGCACCAACUGUAUUUGCAGAUGUUACAGACGAUAUGACUAUUGCAAAAGAAGAAAUUUUUGGGCCCGUUCAACAAAUUUUGAAAUUCAAAAAUAUAGAUGAAGUUAUAGAACGUGCUAAUAAUUCUGAUUAUGGAUUAGCUGCAGCAGUUUUCACAAAAAAUAUAGAUAAAGCUAAUUACUUAAUUCAAGGUUUACGAGCUGGCACUGUUUGGGUGAAUACUUACAAUAUAUUAUCUGCUCAAGCACCAUUUGGUGGUUAUAAAAUGUCAGGUCAUGGAAGAGAGCUUGGAGAAUAUGGUCUUGAAGCAUACACAGAAGUUAAAACGGUUAUAGUUAAAAUGGAUAAAAAGAACAGUUAAUAUAAUAUUUAUUCUAACAUUUUGCAUUUCAAUAUAUACAUGUUUAUAUUUUUUUAAUUUUGAUAUAUAGAUCUGUAUUGUAAAAGUAAAGUAUCAUUUAAUAAAAUUUAAUAUAAUCUAAUAUAAAAAA